AUGCAAUCGGAUCGAGCUGUGGCAGAAAUCAUGCAGCAGAUACAGCUUCUGCAAAAGGAUUUGAUGAGGGAAAAAUCACUGUGGCAGGAAGAUCAUUGUGAACAAAAUGGUUUCUUAAUGCGGCAAGAACAGAGGCGAUGGCAGGAAUGGCAGGAAGCACAGGCCUGGCAACUCGAAGAUGAACUUUGCAAUGAAGUUUGCACCAGACAGAGUACAAUUCUAGAGGAACUCAAAUCGUGCACUGAAUUGCAAAACACCAUUGUGCAAAUGAAGGGUCAAUUGAAGUCUAAUCAUACUAAUACAUCGCAGAUCAAUGAUCCAAGUAAUCUCGCCGGUAUGGUAAGGGCAGACUUCUUGCCUGGAACACCGCAAAAUGAUCCAAGCAAUCCAAGCAACUUGCAAGUCUCGCAAGAAGCAAAGCAUGAAGAGAAGGACAAAGGAUUUUCCGGAGCCUGCGGAGAUUCCAAAUCACUUGACGCUCGAAGCAACUCUUCCCGUGGAACGCAUGGAAGCUGUGAAACUUUCCAUGGAGCUCCGGAUGCCCUUGGUGCGUCGGGUGCGUGUGUAGAAAGAGGAGAAAGUGGACCGUCUCGAGAGAUUCGAGAGAAAGUGGAAGUGGAAGCAGUGGAAGCAGUGAAAGCAGCACAGAAACGAUGCAACGAGGAACUCACAGAGGUGGCUGACGACUGCAAUGCCAGCAAUGGCAGCAAUGGCAAUGGUGAGGGGACCAGGGAAGUGGGAGCAAUGCCUUCGACAUUUUCGGCUUGCCAUGGCGAUGAAAUGAGUGACCAGCCCAAAGAGGCCAGUUCAGAAGCCCAAGCUCCCCGUGAAACUUUGGAAGCUCCGAGCAAGCCAGCUGCCAAAGGGAAAGGAAAAGGCAAGGGAGGAAAGGGUCCACCACCGCCAAAUCCGAAAGCAAUGGCAAAAUCAGCCGUGAAAAGCCAAGAGAUCAAGAAGAAUUUGGUGACUCUGCACUGGAAGGCUUUACCUGCCGUACCUGUCGACCAGAAUGACCAGAAUUCAUCCAAUGAUCGGCUGCUGCGGAACUGCAUGGACUUGCUGUCAACCGCCAAAGGUUGUCCACGAGAGGCAGAUACUAAUUUGGCCAUCAGCGAGGAGUUCGCAGGAGCCUUCAACGAUGUUGAGGACUGCGUAGAUCUUCCAGAAUCCAUGCAAGAGGUCUACUUCAAAAGACGCGAAGCGGCAGUGCAGCUCCUUGGGCCAGCCAACACCAACAAGACAUCCUUUCUGGAUGAGAAGCAGUGCCGAAUGUUGGGCAUUCUAAUGGGAAAGUACCGCAUGAAGAACAAAGACGAAAGCCUACGACAGAUUGUAGCAACUAUGAAGCGAGCGGUGCUGAGUUGCAAGUAUGACAUCUUGAAGGAGGAGGGAUUGAGCAUGCUGCGCAAAGUCGUCCGCGACGCAAAGGAGGGGAAUGGAAUCUCGAAGUAUGUUGCAGCACACGGAGCUGGUGCUCUGAAGCAGCUGAAAGAUCCGUGGCUGCACCGCUUGGUUUACGAGAUUCUCAAGGUUCCUCAGAUAGAAGAGCGCCUUGAAUGCAUGCUCUUUCAGACAGCAUUUGAGGAGAGCCUUGCACGGUGCUCUCGAAACAUCGACAUCAUGUGUCAGGCCCUAAUGACCGUGGAUGCCAUGCGCGACAGCUUGCGAGAGCUUUUCAACAUUGCGCAUCGCUUUGGGACAGCCUUGAACAGCAAUUGCCUGGCCCCCCAAGCUCCUCAAGGCUUCAGCCUAGUCUCCUUGGAACGAUUAGCCCAGACCAAAUCAACUGCUUCAAAGCACAACAUGCUUCACUUCGUUCUCGCGAUGAUGAAGCCUGAGAUGGCUUCUCAGCUUUUCCCUGAUGAGGUUCUCAAGAAGUUGUCAGCAGCGAAGAGCAUGAAAAGCUUCACAGUGUACCAGGACUGUGCUGAGUUGACACAUGGCUUUUUCGCUCUCCGUGAGAUUUGCGAAACUGGCAGAUACCAAAGUGGGAAACGAGAGAAAGUGAAGAUUGAACGGAGGCGAAUGACCAAAGCGCCCCUUGAUCGGGAGGAAAGCAUCGAUUUGGACGACCACUUCCAUUCCGUUAUCCAGGCCUUUGUGGAGAAGAACGAACACAAAGUGGAUCAGAUCACAAAAGGCUGCCUAUCUGCCUUUGUCUUGUACAAGGAGAAGGCGCUUUUCUUCGAUGAUCUUGGUUCAGUGUAUCCACCUCCAAAGGAUGACCAAGACAGCAAGGUGCGAAUGCACUUGGCGGAAGUGGAGCAGGCCCUUGCCGCCAUUGCGUGCUGCAUUGCCUGUCAGCGCGCACACACAGAGACGCACAGAAAGCUCUUGCGAAACUUGCAAUACGCAGAAGGCCAGUUUAACUCAGGCGCCUGCCGCAAAUGGAAGGGUGAGAAGCACUCCAGCAGUCCGACGUCAAUCGAGUGCAAAUGUGCAGCCGUGACCUUAGCAGCUUCAGCUCAAUACACUGGCGGUAGUUGUUCGAGCACAUCCUUGGCCGAAACCCAGGCUCAGAUAGCCUGGCUCGAAUUGCCAGAUGCGAUGCGCCUCUUAGUUCAACAGCCUCUUUUGCAGCUGCGGGCAGAGCUCCGCGUUGAGGAAGAUGAUUCGCCCCAGUCUCCCACGAGUUCGAAGCAUGCAGGUGACAGCAGCCUGUCCUGCUUGUCGAUCUUUCUCCGUCGCAUGCUCCAGGCCUUGCUGGAGCUGCAGCAACUUGUUGAUGCUUCCAGGCCGAUGCCACAGAUGCCAGGUGUCUCCGCAAUGAUGCAAUGGUUGGCCAGGACCAGGGAAGAGCUCUGUUUGUGGGGACAGCGUGCCGGACGCGCUGUUCGAACAUUGGCUGGGUCUUCGCAGAAGCUGCGAGGGCACGAGCCAAAAGAGCUUGGCAACCAUCUACAUUCCUUUUUGCAGGAGCUCUCGCAACUGCGCCAAGAACUGCAGCAAGCCAAGGGCCAAGCUGCUCAAGCACAGAAGCAAGAAGCCAAGGGAGCCAUUCUCGCAGCCAAUGACGCUGCCGAAUGGCGAAGAUCGGUGGAAGAGCUCCUCGUGGAGAAAUUCAAGGAUUUCAAAGCUGCUGAUGAGCGAAACUGGCACAAUCUGAGAGAGGAAAUUACUCGCAGCAAAGAAAGUGUCUUCAGCGAGCUUGCCGAGCAGCAGAAUCACAAUGUCAAACAGCUUUCAGAGCUAAUGUCCUUGCGCGACCGGCAGAGAGACCGAGAGCUGCAACUCCUGCGGGAACAUACUGAGACGGCAAUGUUGGAAGUCAAAUCAUCUAUCGGGAGUGUCCACAUGGCUUCGCACAAGGCAGCUGAAGCACGCUUCACUGAACUCCUGCAAGCAGAACAUCUUUCUCACAGGCAAAUCCUGGCCAACGAGCAGCGAGAAAAGAGCGCACUUGCGUUGCAGUUGACGGAAGCCAUGGACGCAGUUUCCACAAAGGAUCACAGCAUUGAGCACUUGCGAAAGUCCUUGAGCGAGGUGGAGAGAGCGAGGCCUGAACCAGUGCAAACAGCACUGAGUUCUGCUCCGCGAUUGCCUUCGCUUCCAGGGAGUGGCAGUGCAGGUCCCAUUCCACCGUCGCCCAAAGCAUCAGCCGUGGAACCGGUUGCCCGUAUGAGAUCUCCUGGCAAAGUUCCAGAGAGGCCUCACAUGCAACUUGGAGGCUUCGAGGAUGGCUCGGCAUCGGUUUGCCGCGUGAGCACCGAGUCCACUCCUUUUCAAUCGAUUCAUCCUUCAGAUCCAGUCCCUUCCCGGCGUACUGUGAUGGACAACAAAUGUCAGCUUGUUGAUUUCUUAUAUUUUCUUAUUAUGAACUCUUUCUUAUGUUCCUGGUGAAGCGAAAACCUUUUUUUGGUUUCUCGCGAAAGGACUCUGCGAUGGCUCCAACAAUUCAAGGUGCAGGAGUGCCUACUCGCCCAAAGG